AUGUGUGUCGGUUUCUGGUCCCUAACACAUCCCGAAUAUGCCCUCGUUCUUUGUGCAAAUCGCGACGAGUUCCUGGCACGGCCGACAUCGGUCGCACAUUGGCAUGCCUUCAACACGGAGUCUAUAACGCCCUCGCCGCAGGAUGCAAACCCAGUUCAUCCCGAUAUGCCGACGGACCUCCCGCAGGACUCAGUGCUAUCCGGACGCGAUCUCCUUGGAGGUGGGACCUGGCUCGGAGCCAACAAGCACGGGCGAGUAGGCCUCUUAACAAACAUUACCGAACCAUUGAGACAGUGGCCAUCGUCCAGGGGUGCCCUUCUCGCUUCUUUCCUGCUUGGCGAGGGGCCGGUCACUGCGGCCGAAAGCUCGCUCGAGCAGCAGGAAAGUGCUUAUGCCGGCUUCAAUAUGGUGCUUUUCGCACCCGUAGAUGCGGAAAGCCUACCGCUGAAUUACGAAGCUCGUCUUGUGACCAACCAUACCGGAGGCGGGAAGAUACAGGUUCGCCAGCUUGAGACCGCUGAAUGUGCCGCAAGUGGCGUGUCCAACGGCGUCGACGGGCGCGGCGGGAACACAUACCCAAAAAUAUGCGAAGGCGUCUCCGCGUUGGAGAAGGCGCUCGACGAUGCUGAUUCGGAUGAAGACAAGCUUAUCUCGUACCUGCUUGAACUAUUGACCUCCCAGGUCCAACCUCCGCCCACGAAUGCUCAAGAACGUGCCGCGAGCAUCAGCAUCGCACCUAUACCGGGUGCGCCGCAAUACGGAACACGGGUAUCCACUGUAGUCCUUGUGCGUCGUGAUGGACGUGCACGCUUCGUCGAACGAGACCGCUGGACUCUUCAACAAGACGGCACGGCGUUGGACGGCGGGGCAACGCGCGAGUUCCGAUAUACCGUCCAAUGA